AUGACCGGUCGGCUCUUUCUAUGGGGAGUUCUCCUGCAAAGUGUUGCCGUCCAGGCCCUUCAUUAUCCUGACGCGGUACGAGCGAAGGUGUAUCGCAUGAAAAAAUUUAUGAACACAACAGCGGAUCCUUGCGAUGAUUUCUACACCUAUGCUGCCGGAUAUUUUGGCAAGAAGCAUAUUCCUGAUAAGAAUAAUGAUGACUUCAAGAACCGUGUAAUGCUGAAAUCAAACAUUGGAGAUGAGGUAAGAUUUAGAUCGAAUACACAAAACGCUUUUUGAUCUUGAUUUACCUGUUUUUUAGUCUACACCGUCAUUUUUUCAAUUUCAGAUCCCGACCGUCAAGGAUGUUAAACAGAUGCUCGUAGCCUGCAGGAAGAAUCCCGCCAUUAUGAAAGAACCGGAACGUACAGCAAUAUACAAUCGGAUUGUGACCAGUUUCAAAUCGAGAGGUUUUACUUUCCCAAUGAAGAACGAAGUUGUCACCAAUAACGACGACCUUUUUACCGAGCUGGUCUUGGAAAUGUACACUCAUCUGUUUUAUACGGGAGCCCCGAUUUUAAAUGGGUGGGGUUUAGAUGCUUCUGCGGGGCAAUUAUUUCUGCAUAUUCCACCAAAGGUCAACCAAAAAGAAGCUUGGUAAGUUAUUUGUGCAUCAUAUGUACAUAUCCGUAUGUCGGGAAAAUAAUGCGGAUUCAUCGAGCCUUGAAGUCGCCCAUCAUCAUCUCCUUGCAAGUUUCAAUGUCGCGAAAUUAUCGGCACUUUUCUCGCCCGAAAUAAUUGUUUUUUUUUCGAAAAGGAAGAAGAAAGAUAAGAUAAUAGGUUUUACCGGAUAGUGACAUUUCGUUUUGAACGAAUCACCAAAAAGGGGCGGAAAUUUUUUCUCCUAUUUUGGAUUGACGUGCGAGGUUUUGCUGCGACAAACCCGACAUUAUUUUCCCGACAGACUGGUACAAGUAUUAAUAGAUGGCAACUUAUUAAUACUGUGGGUCGGGUUGAUUGAAUACAUAUGAUCGUCUUCAGGCAGAAGUAUUGCAAUGUCAUUGGAGGAUGUGCUGAUCUGGUCUACGACCGGAACUACAGGGCGCAAGGUUACGUACAGGCAAAUCAUUUAAAAGGCCGCUUCUUCAAUAAAACCAUGGGGACAAGAUUGGACGAAACUUUCCCGGAUAUUGUUUUCUAUUUUCCGAACGUCAAAAAUGUAAGUUUUUGGACAUGAAAAUGACAGGACUAGGACAACAAAACACGGAGAUUUUAAACGAUGACAUUUUUCAGCCCAGCCAGUCUCAUCAUCGUUCCAACUUUCUGAAUCAUCUAAUGGAGUAUUUAACCGAUCACAUUCACCGCCCGAAAAAGUUUUUCUACUGUAUAAAUUACAUUCAACAGGCGUUUCCCCUUCAAGUUUCCAAAAUUGCCUACGAAUUGGAGAUGCAACAAAAGGAGAGAUUUGAUGAGCUGAAAGCAAAAUUCUUCGAAGAAGGAAACGCUAUUAAGAAAACCGCUGAAGGUAUGCUCCGAAACGCAACGUUCAAGCAGAAUCAGACCCGACAGAACUAUCUGGACAGAUUGGCGAAGAAUGAGUUCGAAUUUCUGGAUCAUCCAAUUCUUUUGGGAAAUGAGCUGGCUGCAGUGGGUCCGUUGUCGUUGGAUGCGCCGUAUACGAGGAGAUUUGUGAAUGGACUGGCCAAUCUUUUCAAAUUCAACUCGGAGAAAAGGCUGAAAAAUUUUUUCAUCCCAGAGUACAUGGUAAGUCCAAUCGCACGUCAAUCCAAAAUAGCAGAAAAAAAUUCCCGCCCCUUUUUUGGUGAUUCGUUCAAAACGAAAUGUCACUAUCCGAUAAAACGCAUUUUCUUAUCUUUCUUCUUCCUUUUCGAGAAAGAAAAAUUAUAUUUCGGGCGAGAAAAAGUGCCGAUAAUUUCGCGACAUUUUGUCUCUCUUUUAAAUCAGUGAAAACGAUACGAAGUUUCGAAACGGUUCAGGAAAUGCCCUGGAUUGACGUGAAUCGCUUAGUUUUGCAAUUUUUUUUGGGAAGCAUCAGUUGAAACCCGUUUUUUUCUGACUAAAAUAGGAUAGAAAAAAUUGUAAUUGUUUCUAUUUUUUCAUAAAGAAAAUUUUCAUAUUUUAUCUUCAGAAUGGUGCUUCCCACUCUCCGGUGAACCAGCACAAUUACUUUCACUUUCGCACUGUUGAAUUUUCCCACUACGAUGUUGACUUUCCCGCGUCUCUCGAUUUCUCUGGAGCAGGGUUUUUGAUGUCCCAUGAAUUAGCCCGUACUUUCGGUAAGUGAUAAAAUUGACCAUACCGCUAAAAAAUAAUUUUCUGUUAAAAUUUUUUAUCUUUCUUUUUUUAUUUAUUUUUUUUAUUUAAUUUUUUAGGACAGGAUUUGCUGAAAAGCCAUGAGGAUCCGGACAAGGAGCAUCGUGCUCGGUGGGACUGUGUUACAAAGCUCUAUAGUCAAAAAUGUUAUCCACGAAGCCCGGACUUCUGUGUGGAUCCCAACAAAAUCGCCGACCAAGCGUUUUCGGAUCAAGUUGGUGAGUAUUGGCCGCCUUAUGUUUUCUUUUUGUAUCCAGACUGCGUCGAGCUACACGUUCUGUUCGUCAGUCUAGCGCACAAGGUGCACCGAUUUAUUUUCCUCACAAGGGAAGUACUUUAGUUGCAUGGCAACAUCCGACUCAGGGCGGCCAAACUCCCCUGAGCCUGAUGUUCCUGCUUCAGACAUGUUUUGACUUGCCUUGGGCUGUUCCAUUUGUCUUUGAGUGGGCCUGGCGCUUCCUCGGGUUAUGACAUUGAUCAUCAGGGCGCUGGAAGCGUGCGUGUGUCUUCUGAGUGCUGGAAUGUAUUCGGUGUUUGAGUCGGACUCACCUUUGUUGGCGGAGUCCACAUCUGAGGAGCUUGAGAGAGAUUGCAUCUCCUCGGAGAUUAGACAGAAAAGACCAUUAACAGAAUUAGACGAUUCAUAA